CCAGACGGUCAGAACGCCACCUCCCACCGAAUAAAUAACCAGAGGAAAACCGCGACUUGCUGCAUUUUAGUUGAGUCGAUCGUCACUGGGUUGGAGGUUGGACUCUCCAGCAUCCAUUGUCACCGCCUUCCCAACUUAAUCAACCGCAGCAGUCUCUCAAUUUUUCUGCUUUCAUCUUCGAAAUGGAUUUCCGACAAUCGAUUAGCAGCCAAACCAGUUUCUCUUUAGAAAUUGCGAAGAACGUCUUGUUGAAUGAAGCGAAAGACUCCAACAUUGUGUUCUCCCCCUUAUCGAUCCAUGUUGUUCUGAGCUUAAUCGCUGCGGGUUCCAAAGGUCCAACCCUUGAUCAGAUGCUUUCUUUUCUGAGGUCGAAGAGCAAUGGAGAGCUCAAUUCGUUUGCUUCCGAGAUUGUCAGCAAGGUCUUGACCGAUGGUAGCCAAAGUGGUGGGCCGCGAUUGAGCUUUGCAAAUGGUGUUUGGAUGGACAAGUCUCUUCCUUUGAAGGCUUCUUUCAAAGAGAUUGUUGAUAAAGUUUACAAGGCAGUUUCUAUGCCGGUUGAUUUUCAGGCAAAGGCUGUUGAAGUAGCCAAUGAAGUGAAUUCAUGGGCUGACAAGGAGACAAAUGGGCUUAUCAAGGAGGUUCUUCCUCCAGGAUCAGUUGACUGCUCGACCAGACUAAUCUUUGCAAAUGCACUCUAUUUUAAGGGAGCCUGGAAUCAGAACUUUGAUGCAUCCAAAACCAAUGACUAUGAUUUCUACCUUGUAGACGGAAGCUCAGUUCAUGUCCCAUUCAUGACCAGCAAGAAAAAGCAAUAUGUUCGUGCUUAUGAUGGUUUCAAAGUCCUCAGGCUUCCUUAUAAACAAGGGGAAGAUAAGAGGUGUUUCUCCAUGUACUUCUUCCUACCAGACGCAAAAGAUAGGCUUCCAGGUUUGGUAGAGAAGUUGACUUCAGAACUUGGGUUCUUAGAUCGAUAUCUCCCAUCUGAAGCAGUCAAAGUGGGGAGUUUCAGGAUUCCAAGGUUCAAGAUUUCAUUCGGGUUUGAAUCAUCUGAAGUUCUGAAAGGUUUAGGAUUGGUGUUGCCCUUCGCUGGUGGUCUGACAGAGAUGGUGGAUUCACCUCUGGGCCAGAACCUCGCUGUCUCCAGCAUAUUCCAGAAAUCCUUUAUUGAAGUCAACGAGGAAGGUACUGAAGCUGCUGCUGCUUCUGCUGGUGUGAUAACUCUUAAUUCCAUACGGCUUCCAACUAAUGUGAUCGACUUUGUGGCCGAUCACCCAUUCAUAUACCUGAUCAGAGAAGAAAUGACUGGAGUUGUGCUGUUCAUUGGGCAUGUCCUGAAUCCCUUGCAGGCUGCUUAAGAUAUAACAUAUAUCAGAAUAUUUCAGAAUACGGAACUCUUUAUCUUUUUAUUUUUAGGUUCAAUAUUUUGAAUAGAUACGUUAAAUGUUGAGUACAUAAUACAGAUGGAUCUUAUCUUGUAAAUUAUCUCUUUGUCAAGAUAGAUGUUGAGAACAGAUGAUUCAUUUCUUGUAAAUUAUCUCUUUUGUCUAGUUACAUGUUGAGAACAGAUGGAUCAUAUCUUGGAAAUUCUCUCUUUUGUCAAUGGAUCAGAAUGUUUGUAGGACUGCAUGCAAUGCAGUUGACGUCAGGCUUAUGCCUUCUAGCUUUGCUGCUGUUGUUUUGUAAGAUAUUAUGCAAUAACUAAUUAAUACUCCUCACUUCCCUA